AUGGCUGCCGAGCCCUGGGGAGCCAGUGAUCUGCCUAUAGGCUUUAUGGAAAGUGGAGGUCCUGCAGAGCUGCCGAGGGCCAGAGUGGAGGCCACUGGAGGUGUGUGGCCGUCUGAGGAGGUGAUGGCGCAUUACUGUCUGCGGAAACGUCACAUGUUCAAGGGUGCAGUGUGUGAGUUAGGAGGAGGUAUGACUUGUCUAGGUGGGCUCAUGGUUGCCAUUUGUGCUGACGUGAAGGAAGUUCUGCUAUCAGAUGGGAAUGAGAAGUCCAUUCAGAACGUUCGACGGCUGGUUGAGACAAACAGGCAAGCUGGAAAGUUCGGAUCAACACGUGUAUCGUCCAGGGUGGUGAGGUGGGACUGUGAGCUGGAUAUUUCAGCGCUGGAGGGUCACUUUGAUGUCGUCAUGUGUGCAGACUGUUUGUUUCUCGACCAGUACAGAGCCAGCCUGGUUGAUGCUAUAAGGAGAUUGCUGAAAGCCAACGGCAUGGCGUUGGUGUUCGCUCCGCUGCGAGGUGAAACCCUGAGACUGUUUUGUCAACUGGCCCAGCAGGCCGGACUCUCCGUCUCCCAACACCAGCAGUACGACGCUCAGGUCUGGGAUGUUCACUUAAAGAUGCUGAGAGAGGGAAAAGAAGCAUAUGACGAGAACAUCCACUAUCCUCUCCUCAUCACCUUGACCAAAGGACCUCAACCUGUCAGCCACACUCAGUAAAACCAAAACACGUGAGCCCUCAGCUGAACACAGUACCACUCCACAUGUUUGCAUAUUUAAGGAGAGCCGGUUGUAUUCUGACCCGCUACAUUUUAACCAUCUACCAUAUGCCAAAAAAAAAAGCUAUCAGUAUAGAAAACAGUCUCUCGGCCAGUCAGCCCUUUAACCAGUUGGCCAGUAAUCGUUGACCAAACACAUGAGCUCUAGUCGGCCAGUCGCUCAACCCCUCUGAGCUAACCGGCCAGGUAAUCAGCCAGUCCUCUGUCACGCAUCCAGUGACCUAAUUAACCAGUUAUCCAGCCAUCAUUCCAGCCAGUUAGUUGUUUGGGCGGUAAACUAGUUGCUCAGUCGGUCAGCUAAUUCCUCAGUCUGGCCUACUACAGGUGUCAGUUAUUCAGUCAGUUGACCCCCUUUAACCAGUCAGUAUUAACCUCUGCCACUGUGUUCCUGGCCUCAGCAUGGAGGCCAGCUUUAAUUCAUUAACUGUCACAGACUGUGGAGCGGCUCGCGGUUUCCUCUGUGUUUCCCCACUUUAAUUUCUUUUAAUACAACUCAUUCAUCCCAGUCAGAGGUCACUAUUAAGAGCUUCUUUUGUGCAUUACUUACAACAGUGCAUUAGCAUAUUAGGGCACGUUCAGACUGAGGAGCAAUUGUUGCUGCCCAGGAGCUACAGAUUGUAUAGUACACAGUGAUGCUGUCAACGGCAGCAGUCCCCGCUGCAUCACACUGUCGUUUAACUUCAUACAAAUCUGUUGUGGUUCUAAUCAGCACAACAGAAGCAUGAUCUGAUUCUAUGGUUCCAUCAGCGCUUCACUCCUGGUUUGUUAACAAAAAAAAAUGCAGCUGAUGAAAUUCCCGAGCACAGGUGUGUACCUGAGCCUCGGCUUCACUGUGUCCAGUAACGAACGUGGGGCCGACGAACUAAAAGUCAACCGUCUCACUGUUAACAAUCAGAUCCUGUGGCAGCUGCUAAACGCUGCUCGAAGCUCCGAGUCUGAACCUUCAGGAAGCCUGUUUGUGUCUGAAGAGACGACACGUGCACAAGUUGUGACGACACAAACAGGACCUUCCACAUUUACUGACAAGUGACCCCAAUACUGUGGACUUGAUAAAAAAAACGUAUGAUAUACUGUGUAACGUCUUUUGUGCUUCUAGCUGGUGUGCUUUGCUCAAAGUUCAUGCCUGCUGGGUCUAUUUUCACUGGAGCUGCUUGCAUCUUUGAAUGCGAUGUUCAUUUCUGUACUUGCCUAUAUUAGUAUAUUGACAUUUUAGAUCUUUCUUUUUCUUGAAUAAUUUUGCCUUUACAUGUACACAGCGAAACUAUAUUUUCCUGUCUGACUCUUUGAAGCAGGAGGAGGAUUGUUGUGGUUUUCUUUUUGCUGAUUUCUGCUAUUUAGAAAACACAAAUACAAAGAUGACAGCAAGUAAAAUGCAGCCACAGAGAAUCUAUUAAUGAACAUGAAUGUGCAUGUCAAAAAAAACAAACAAAAAAGGUCUCCAGAUAAUAUCUUAAAUGUGGCUGCUGGAAAAACAAUCUGCUUAAACUUCAGUGGACAUGAUUUCAAAUUGAUCAUAGUUUGAAAGUCCCUCAAUCUCCCAAUAACCUCAAUCAUCAAUCAGACCAAUUGCUUCUACGUUUUCCUCCCUCUUGCAGUUUUUUUUUAAUCAAAUCUACAUUUUUUUUCUUUUUAAACUAGCUGUAAUACUCAGGUCUUUCCUCAUGCAUUAGCUUGUUUCCUGUAUUUUUUCUUUGCGUUGUUAGAAUAACAGCAAGUGUCAGUGAGUGCCGCUAUAGCCUAAACUUGUACCUAUAGUGUACCUUGUAGGGUGUUUCCAUGUUUCACUGUGAUCCAUUGCUGUACACAACAGCCAAGAAGCUAUGCAGAAUCUCCCAGUGGCUGCUGUUUACAUUCCUCAUGCUAGAAAAGAAAAAAAAUAAUCCAGAAAAAAAAUAGUGUAACUUCUCAGAAAGGUACAUGAAGCCAGUACUGUCAGAGGUUUCAGUGCUUCGAGGAUUUAUAUUGCAUUGCGAAAAUGUUCCCCAUCGCAACGGUUUAGUACUUACUGUAUACAUUUGAUAUACGCGGGCUACUAUAUCCUCCCAACUGUGACUGUGUGCAGUGACCUCAUCACUGUCUGGUGUGACAUCGCUAACAGUAAUGCCAUUUUAUAAACACUCCAGCAUCGGGCAUCGCUGUUUUUUUUAAAACGCUGCUUCCCGCAACAUCACUGCCUCUAUCGGUGGCAACAUCUUCGCCCGGUGAACCGUCGACCUGCCGCGAUGUCACAGCUUCACAGCGGUGAUGCCGUCACUUCCCUCAUCGUGAUAUCAGUGCUUACUGCACACUGUACACCACUUCUCACUGUGACGACAGACAGUCCAGACAAACCCAGCGUCGCUCGCAGGUGGCCACGUGGUCUUUAUCUGGAUUUGCUGACUAAUAUCAUUAAUGGUGAGAAAUCUAACGGUUGGCGUGGAACACAGACGAGGAUCUGUGCCGCAGCUCGGGCUAUAACACAGGAGUGCUUUGUUUUGAUGGAUUUGUGUCACUGUAUUAUGGGAUGUCUCAGCUUGGUUAUGAUUUAGAAAAAUUCUUUAAAAAUGUUGCGGGCCAUGUCCACACUCAUUCAGAUCAGUUUCACUCAAUCAUCAAAAAAUAAAAGUCCAGUAAAACGGAUCAAACUGAAGCUGCUUCUGUAGCAUUUCUCCUGUGCAGGGGCAUUUAAACAAACAUUAAUGCACAGUUAUUAUGAAGCUUGAAGGCCCAGGUGUUCUUUUAAUAGCGUGGUUUCAUUUAAGAACAUUUUUUGAUUUGAAGAUUUUGAUGAAACAAGAAAGAUUGUCCAGUGAAAUAUUUCAGUGUUUGUCCGCUCCGGUGUGGACAUGGCCUCGUGUAGUGAGUUCCUUCAUUCAGUGUAUCAAAUCCCCUCUGCUUCACUGUAAUGAAAGUGGGUUGAAUGUUGUUCCUUUUUCAGUUUGUAGGUGGGUGAUAUUUUUGUGAAUGAAUAAAAGAAUUAAUUCUUAAAGAAA